AUGCAAGAAUUAAAAACUUCUAAACAUCAUCAUAAUCAUCACCGCCAUCAUCAUCAUCAUCAUCGGUCAAAACGAUCAUCGCCUGCACCAAUCAUUGAUGAUAGUAAUGAUCAAUAUUUAGAUCGAAAUGGUUAUCAUCAAACAUCUAUUUCAACUUCACUACCAUUAUUAUCCGAGGUUCAAUGCUCUGCUUAUUUUAUUCAUCGACUUGACUUAGAUAGUUAUGCGAUAUAUACAUUAAGACAAACUGUUGAUAGAAUUGUGUCAGGACCCAAAUCAAAAGGAUUGAAAGUAAAAUUAUCCUUGCCAGAUGAAGGUUUAGUUAUUGACAAUGUACCUGAUCCAAAUCAAUCAUGGAUGUAUAAAACAUCUGAAUUAUUAUUUUUUUGGCAUGAUCCUCUUUAUUUAAGUAUAAUUAUUGUUAUAACUAUUAAUCCAUCACAUUAUCGUACAAAUGGACCUUAUUCUGCAUCAAUAUUUCGUUUACGUGGAAAUGAAUCAGCUCAAUUAUUUAUUCAACGAGCACAACAAUUUUUUGCUCAUUUAUCAACAGUUCCUAUUACAAAAAGUGAUUCUAAAAAUUCAGAUAGACAAGAACCUACAAUAGAAAAUUGGACUACUGAUAAUGAUAAAAAACAUCGUAGAAAAAGAAGUAAACAUCAUUCAGUAACAAAGAAACGAUCAGAUGUUGAAUUUCCUCAAUCAAUACGAGCAAGUCCUGUUUGUACUGCUUCACGGACAGAAUUUGAACCUGAAAAAACAAAAAAACUAAAUUCAAGUUUAAAUCAAUAUAAUUAUCGAACAUUUAGUGAAACAACAAUAUUCAGUGAUGCACCAACAAUGAAUUCUAUGAAACUUAAUAAUCAUAAUAAUGGUGAUAAUAAUAUAACAUCAUCAAAUAAUAAUCUUUCAGAUGGUUUAGUUGCUGAAUUAAUGCGUGAAUUAAAAGAAUUACGAAGUGAAAUAGCUGAAUUAAAAUUAGAGGCAAGAUUUACACCAGUACAUAUACCAAGUACAAGUCCAUCAUUUGUCUUUCCUGAUGAUAUAAAAGGAAGUCUACAUUCAUCACCAUCAUCUACUAAAUAUCGAUUACAUUCAGAUAUUGAUGCUGAAACACAAACUGAUUUUAGUUUAAUCAAUAAUAAACAACAACAAUUAUUAGAAAAAAAUGAAUCAACAAUUAAUGGAUUAAAUCAAGUUUCAGUAACAUAUCACAAAAAAAAAGAUCGAUCACAUAAAACAGUUAAUAGAUAUAAUCCUUCAAAUAAUAAUGAAUCUGAUCGUGAAGUAAAUUUUUCUUCAACAAAUGGUUCAUUUAAUGGAAUAACUUCUUCAUCUGUUCAAGAAGAAUAUCGAUCAAAAACAAUCGAUAUAAAACCACAUGAUUUAUUAAGACCAUCUGAAAAUGGUCUUAUUCAUAUGAAUAAUUCGACAUCUUCUCGAACAUUUGACAAAAGUCAACCUAUAUCAAAUUCUAGUGAAGAAGAUUUAACUUUAAAAAUGACACCUUUAACUAUUGAAAAAGAACUACAAAAAUCUUUUUCAACAAAAGUUUCUUCUAUUCUGAAUGAUACUAAAUCUUCAUUAUCAAAAAAACAUGAAGAUAUUGUAAGUUUUCAUUCAAAUUUAGAAGAUACUGUUACACUUCCUCAACAUUAUUAUGAAAAUGUACCUAUUUCAAUUAAUACUGAUUCAAAUCAAGGUUCUUUUAUCAAUCGAAAUAAUCAACAAGAAAAACCAUCUCAAAUUUAUGUUAAUAUUGUUGAUGAUUCAAAUCUUGAAUUUCAAAAAAAAUAUUUAACACAUUUAUAUGGAUCACAAAAUGGAUCAUCAUUACUUCUUUCACAACAACCAAUAUCAUAUAAUUCUUCUUCUUCUUCAUUUUCAGAAGAAAAUACUUCUGCUUCUAUAAUACAAGAAACAAUAUCAAAUAAUUAUCAAUAUGGUCAACCAAUUGUUUUUGCUAAUCAUUUAACAAAUCCAUUAUUUAAUAUUGAUAAAGACUUAUUAGCAAAUACAAUAGCUAAUCAAUUUGGUGUUGAUCAUAAUUCACCAUAUUUACCACAACUUAUUGCAAAUCAACAUUUAUUUGUUUCAGAUAAACGUACAUUUGCUAAUAUGGUUUGGCAUAUAACACCUGAAGAAGAAAAUGCUCUAUGUUCAUCACCACUAACAAUGACAUCAAAUAAUUUUAUUAAAAAUACAAAUGAUUCAAAUAAUUUAAUAGCUAAAUCUAUAUUAAAAUCAAAUAAACUUUCUCGUUCUUUAUCAAAAAAACAACGUAUUACUUGGGAUAGUACAUUAGAAUAG